CCGGGGUUCGACGAAACCUAGGACGGCACCCUCUCCCGAUUCAACCCUCCCACCCUUCCUUUUCUGUCAAUUAAGACCCUGGCCACUGUGCCAGUGUGUCGCAACACCAUGGUCUCCUCCUUUUGCUGGGGCUGCCUCACACGGCUGCGCCCAACACCCCCGGCUGUUAUUCCCCCGAUGUCAGUUCCCCGAGCAGCAUCGUUCCACACGUCCGCAGUACGCCUUUCGGUCCUCAAGAAGAAGCAAAAUGUGAUCAAAAGUGGAUUCCGUGAAUCCAAUUCUCCCAAAAUGAAGAGGAAGAAGAACGUCGAGCGGGCACGACCGCCCCCGGUCGGAGAACGCAAAGCGAUCCGGAAGCGCCUCGUUCUCAGCAACCCCAAUGCCCUUGAGGUUCAAGGUAUGCAGGACAUCUCGGCGGAAACAAUGGUGGACUCGCGACUCCGCGGUUCUGUUCUCGGCCUUCCCGUGCCGAUGCUCACUCAACUGCGCGCGGUGGAAGCCUUCAAACCGACGCAGGGCUGGUCGAUAUUCCGUCGCCCCGGGACAGUGGUCAGACGCGAAACGCUGGAGCUGGGUCGAUUGAUUGAUGGGAUCUCUAGUGAUGGCGCGGAUAAAGGGAAAUCGGUCAAGAAGAUUAUCACCGGUGUCCGAGGAUCUGGAAAGAGCGUUCACCUGCUACAGGCCAUGUCGAUGGCUUUCACCAAGAAGUGGGCUGUCUUUACCGUUCCUGAGCCCCAGGAUCUAGUCAUCGCGCACACCGGUUACGCGCCACUCUCCGACGAGACGCCCGACUUGUAUGUUCAGAACGUGGCAACUGCCGCCCUUCUGUCUCGCACGCUGGCCGCCAACGAAGAGCUCCUCAAGGGUCUGAAAGUGUCGCAAACCCACCCGGCUCUCAAAUCUGCUGUUAAGCCUGGCAUGACGCUCGCCGAUUUCGUCCGGCUGGGUAUUCAGGACUUCGCCACUGCCUGGAAUGUUUUCCAGGGAUUGUGGUCUGAGCUCACCGCGACUGCUGCUGCGCCGGGAUUGGAGAGUCAUUUCGCGCCUCGCCCCCCAAUGCUCGUGACCGUGGAUGGCCUGGCUCACUGGAUGAAGAACUCCGAGUACCGCACUCCUGAAAUGAAACCCAUCCAUGCCCACGAUCUGGUUUUCGUGCGCCAUUUCCUUUCGCUCUUGAAGCCCGGGACCGAAAAGGCAACUUUCCCCAAUGGUGGCCUGCUCUUGUACGCCACCUCGGCCUCCAACAACCCCUCCGUCUACAGCUUCGAAGCCGCCCUGAAGCAGGUCGAGGCCCGCCACGCCGGCGUGAAACCCUCGGCGCCUGAAUUUCCUCAGCCCGAUCCUUAUAGCCGAGCUGACCAACGCGUGCUGGAUGUCUUCGACUCUCCUAAGCCUACCGUCGCCAAGGAGGAGAUGCUGGAGCUCCAGUCUCUUAGCGGACUCACUCGGGACGAGGCCCGUGGCUUCCUGGAAUACUUUGCUCGCAGCGGUCUUCUGCAGGAGAACAUCAACGAAGAGUGGGUGGGUGAGAAGUGGAGUUUGGCCGGCGGCGGCGUGAUCGGUGAACUCGAGAAGCUGGGAAGACGCUUGAGAGUCGGUGCUUAAGUGAUGCACCGAUCGCACCCGAGAAGAUGACCUAACUUUCCCACUUUCGAAGCUGUUGAUUCAAACUUGGCUACCCUUUUCUUUUUGUGCCACUUAUAUUAUUUUAUUGCAUCCCUUCCCCAUUGUUUGUUCCUAGACCUGUGGACGGUUCUGCGUGAUGCCAGGCUCUGUCUUUUCUACUCUAUCAUUGGGAUCGGGACUUGGCUUUAGCCAAACCAUGUGUACUCUACUUGUGAUGUUGGGCCUUUUGCGUGUUGUUUAUUUGUAUGCAUAUAAUGGGAUUUGAAAAAGACGUGUUGAUACUCUGUAAUGC